AUGAACGUGCCAUACCAAGACGAUCCCGAAUACCCAAAAUCAUUAGACAACAAUGACCCUAUGGGGCAUUUUAGACAACGAUUUUUCCUCAAGAAAGACAGCAUCUAUAUGUGUGGCAAUUCCUUGGGUCUAGCCACAAAGGACGCCGAAGAAUGUGUCUUAGAAGUCAUGGAAAGGUGGAAAGACGAAGGAAUCAAAAUAUGGACAGUCGACGACAACAAAUAUUAUUUAUAUUCCAGAUAUUUAGCGAAACUCAUGGCUCCCAUCGUCGGAGCAGAUCCUGAUGAGAUAGCAAUCUUUGGAGGAACUACAAUCAACAUCCAUCAAGGAAUAAGUACGUUUUACAAACCUACAAAGGACAAGUACAAGAUAUUGGUGGACGACAUCAACUUCCCUACAGACCGGUAUGCAGUAGACAGCCAAGUAAUGUUACAGGGUUACGAUCCCAAAGACGCAGUUAAAGUUGUGAAGAGUAAAGGUAAAUUUAUGGACGAAGAUGACAUUAUAAACGCCAUGACAGAGGAUGUGGCGCUUAUAUUCCUGCCUACAGUGUACUACAGAAGCGCUCAGGUACUAGACAUGGUCAAAAUAACUAAGGCAGCAAAAGAAAGAGGUAUUCUUAUUGGAUGGGACCUUUGCCAUGGUGUCGGAGCAAUUGAAAUCAAUUUAAAAGAAAUAGAUGCUGAUUUUGCAAUCUGGUGCACCUAUAAAUAUUUGAAUGGAGGACCUGGAUCUUCUGCAGCCAUAUACGUCAACAGGAGACAUUUUAAUAGGUUACCAGGUCUAGCUGGAUGGUAUGGUAACAAGAUAGAGACUCAGUUUCUAUUGAGACAGGAAUUUGAUCACCAACAAGAUGCGAAUGGGUGGCAGAUUGGAACGCCUAACGUUUUAUCGAUGGCGUCUUUAGAGGGGGCUUUGAAGGUGAUCAAUGAAGCAGGAGUGGCGAAUAUGAGGAAGAAGUCUUUGCACAUAACGGGUUACUUGAUGUACCUUAUUGAGAAGAAACUAUCGAAUUAUGGGUUUACUAUUGGGAAUUUGCGAGAAGACAGUAAGAGGGGCGGUCACGUGUGCUUAGAACAUGACGAAGGUUACAGAAUCAGUAUUGCAAUGAAGAAGAGAGGUAUUGUUCCCGAUUUUAGAGACCCCAACGUGAUCCGUGUGACACCUACGGCUUUGUACACGAGUUACGAAGAAGUUUAUCGAGUAGUCGAUAUCUUACUAGACAUUGUUAAAACUGAGAGCUACAAAGAGAUUAACAAGAAUAGGAACUAUGUAGUUUAG